AACUUCCACAAAUUGGAGAUAGAAUAGAGAGCUCCAUUGAAUCAGAAAUGGCGGCAGCCUCUCACCUUACCAUUCUUACACCGAAGCCUCGCUCUCCUCAGGCAUUCAGGGCCGCCGCCUCAUGCUCCGCCGUCACUCCCGGCGGCGUCAAGAAGCAAAUCAUGGGCGUCGCCGCCGGCAUUUUGGCGGCGUCGGUGGUGGCUUCCGCAGCUCCUCUUGAGGCCAACGCCACCCGGAUUGAGUACUUCGCCACUGUCGCGGAGCCCUCGUGUGAGCUCAAUUUUGUUCGCUCCGGCCUCGGAUAUUGCGACGUUGUUCUCGGCUCCGGCGAGGAGGUUCCCUUUGCUCAGCUCAUCAAUGUUCACUACACAGCGAGAUUCGCUGACGGGAUCGUGUUCGAUAGCACUUACAAACGUGCUAGGCCGCUCACAAUGCGCCUCGGCAUGGGCAAGGUGAUAAAAGGAUUGGAUCAAGGCAUAUUGGGAGGAGGAGGUGUGCCACCAAUGCAUGUAGGUGGUAAAAGGAAGCUCCAAAUCCCUCCACAGUUAGCAUAUGGGCCUGAGCCAGCUGGCUGCUUCUCAGGGGACUGCAACAUACCUGCAAAUGCUACACUUGUUUAUGAUGUCAAUUUUGUUAAUGUUUACUCUGGAAAUAGAAAAGAGUGAGUCUACACCUCACCAUUUUAUGAGGUAAUCUCUCCUUUUCUAUUUCCAAUGUGACGUGAAAUGAAUGGAGGGAGUGUGAUUGAUUUGAUGAUACAAAAUCAAAGAAAAGAAGACCAUCAUUAGAUUAUGUAAAUAGUCAUUCGCUCUUGGCUUAA